CACAUUUUAUGCUAACCGCGGGCUCUAGUGUGCAUUCGGAGGAUAUUCCCUUCAGCACAGUUAUAAACACAUUUUUUUUAUUUGUUGUAUAUGAUAAGAAUGUCAGUUUUUUGUAUCUGAGAAUCUGUACAAUCAACAUGAAUCUUGACAGGCUUCGUAAACGAGUGAGGCACUACAUUGAUCAGCAACAGUAUCAAAGUGCUCUGUUUUGGGCUGACAAAGUAUCAUCAUUAUCACAUGAGGACCCUCAAGAUAUUUACUGGUUAGCGCAGUGCCUUUAUUUGACAGCACAGUAUCACAGAGCCUCUCAUGCUCUUAGGUCACGCAAGCUUGACAAGUUGUAUGGAGCUUGUCAGUAUUUAGCUGCAAGAUGCCAUUAUGCUGCCAAAGAAUAUCAACAAGCUCUUGACAUAUUGGACAUGGAGGAAGCAGCCAGUAAGAAAUUAUUGGACAGGAAUGUAAAGGAGGAUAAUGGUUCAAGAGAAACCACGAAGGAAUGGGAAAUGUCUCCAGCCUCAAUCAAUAGUUCCAUCUGUCUCCUGCGGGGGAAGAUCUAUGAUGCUAUGGACAACAGACCCCUCGCAACGACUAGCUACAAAGAAGCCUUAAAACUAGAUGUCUACUGCUUUGAAGCCUUUGACCUUUUGACGUCCCAUCACAUGUUGACCGCUCAAGAGGAGAAGGACUUUUUGGCUUCUCUGCCCUUAAGUCAGCAAUGUACAGAAGAGGAAGUGGAGUUGCUACGUUUUCUUUUCGAAAAUAAAUUGAAAAAGUAUAACAAACCUAGUGAGAUGGUUGUCCCAGAUAUAGUCAACGGUCUUCAGGAAAACUUGGAUGUUGUCGUCUCUCUGGCAGAGCGGCAUUAUUACAACUGUGACUUUAAAAUGUGCUACACUCUCACAUCUAUGGUUAUGGUGAAAGACCCAUUUCAUGCCAACUGCUUGCCAGUGCAUAUAGGAACCCUUGUUGAGCUGAGCAAAGCAAAUGAGCUAUUUUACCUCUCUCAUAAACUGGUGGAUUUGUAUCCCAGCAAUCCAGUUUCGUGGUUUGCUGUUGGUUGUUACUACCUCAUGGUUGGGCAUAAAAAUGAACAUGCGAGGCGAUAUCUCAGUAAAGCCACCACGCUGGAGCGCACAUACGGCCCGGCAUGGAUAGCAUACGGACACUCGUUUGCUGUUGAGAGCGAGCAUGACCAGGCCAUGGCUGCGUACUUCACUGCUGCCCAACUCAUGAAAGGGUGUCACCUGCCUAUGCUGUACAUCGGGCUGGAGUACGGACUUACCAACAACCCCAAGUUGGCUGAACGUUUCUUCAGCCAAGCCUUGAGCAUCGCCCCCGAGGACCCUUUCGUCAUUCAUGAGGUAGCUGUCGUUGCCUUUCAAAAUGGAGAUUUCAAAACAGCUGAGAAGUUGUUUCUAGAUGCUAUGGAAAAAAUUAAAGCGAUUGGAAAUGAGGUGACGGUGGACAAAUGGGAGCCGCUUCUAAACAAUCUGGGUCACGUGUGUCGAAAAUUGAAGAAAUACGAACAGGCUCUCGAAUACCACAGACAAGCUUUGGUCCUUAUCCCACAGAAUGCCUCGACUUAUUCAGCCAUCGGUUAUGUGCACAGCCUCAUGGGAGAUUUCGAGAGUGCCAUUGACUACUUUCACACUGCACUUGGUCUGAAAAGAGAUGACACGUUUUCGGUAACCAUGCUGGGCCACUGUAUUGAGAUGUAUAUCAGCGAUUCAGAUGCUUAUAUUGGAACUGACAUUAAAGACAAAGUGAGAAAGACCCUCAGCACGCCUGCACUGAUAAAGAUGCUCAACACUUCCUCUGAUGGCAGCGACAGCAGAGUACAACCUGCAGAGGAGGCAAUCGUUUGCCAGGAAACGCCAUCUUUCAAUGCAGACAAACAAACCGAUGCCUUCCAGCGCUUCCUCUUAGAAUGCGACAUGCACGAGAGCGACAUGAUGUUGGAGACAUCCAUGUCCGAUACCAGCACGUGAUCAUGACCUGUCCUCUGUGGGUCUCAGAGAAACUUUGAAUAUGCGCAUGAAAAGAUGUUAGAAUGUGACUUUGAAGAGGACACGACACAACCCUCCCUCAUUCCGCCGAGUCCUUUGUGUUGGACGCCUGUGGAAUUUUUUACUAUGAAUAAAUGUAAAGAAGUGAAUGCAGAAGGUUUAAAAGAAAGAUUUAAUCAAUAAACCCUGCAUCCAUAUUUUUACAAAAAUGUCAGUUGUAUUCUUGCUGUAUUAAAACAUCUGCUUGGUGUAUGAGGCUGCACAGACUGUGUUUUUUAGGCUGCCAAUGUAAAAUAUAAAGGGCCAGCACUUUUUCUCAUGGAUCUUGUUGUGAUUGUUUUUACAUAAUUCUUUUAAGGAAAGCAUUAUUUCAUCAUUGCCUGUAGUAUUAUAAAGCAAGUUUAGGAACCUGUUCUAGUUCAAUGUGUGUCAGUCUUCGUAAAUGUUAUUAUAGAAAGGUAAAUUCAAUUUUUAAUUGUUAUUGAAUUUAUUUUGAGCUCUAAGUGGGCACGAGACGCCGCCUACCUGUGCAUCCCAAAACGUCAUGAGGUCUUUCCAGUCCUCUAAACCAGAUCAGUGUCUUAUUUACUUGAUGUGCGCAUUAUGUAUUUCUAAAUCUUCUUUGCGAAGUGUAGUCAUGGGUUGCACACCAUCCAAAUCCAACGUCACUUAUUCGCACGUGCGAGUGAGUCGAGAUCUGGACACCUGCUCCACGUUUGUGCCCAGUGUGAAAAGCUCCGUGUCCACGCCAGAGAGACCGUCACCUCAGCUUUGCGUCGAGACGAGCAGCGGGAAACAAACUUUUCUCAGUGUUCCAAUUCGCGACUGUUACGGGCGCUCGGUGAGUCAGCCCAGCAGCCCGGACGGGUGGAGUACGGCGAGCACCGGCAGUCCGUUAGGUUCGGUUCGACCAUGCGUGCAGACAAACUGUGCUGACAGCGAUUCUGAGGACGACUGCGCAGCACCCAGAAUUAAACGAUGAUCGUCAAUUUUACAGAGGACUACUUUGCUUUAUGGAAUAUGAUGCAAAUAUACUGUGUAAACAACCAAAUAAAAUUUCUUCCACAAUGGCCACCUUGGUGAUAAAAAGUAACAGAAAGAUCACUGAAAUAAUAGUUUUACUGGUUUAAAUGGGAACCAAAUCUCUGUCUCGUCAUGCAAUGUUGGGUUCAGAUGUUAUUUGGCUAAACAGAACAGCAUUGCAUCUUAUAGCAUAAGGCCCAAAACACACAUAAGUUACAUUAAUUUUCGAAUUGUUUAAUUUAUUUUCGUUUUAUUAUUUUUGUAUAAAAUUAUAAAUGACUGAAUUCUUUAAAAAGU